GUCCCCGCUGAGGCCGGGCCGCUCGUGCCGCAGGUGACGAUCUCCGUGGACGGGAUCCUGACCACCACGGGCUACACGCAGGAGGAUUUCACCAUGCUGGGCUCCGACGACUUCUUCUACGUGGGGGGGUCCCCCAACACCGCCGACCUGCCGGGGUCCCCCGUCAGCAACAACUUCAUGGGCUGCCUCAAGGAUGUGGUUUACAAGAACAACGACUUCAAGCUGGAGCUGUCGCGGCUGGCGCAGGAAGGGGACGCGCGGGUGACGCUGCACGGGGCGCUGCUCUUCCACUGCGACCCCCCCCCGGCGCUGGACCCCGUCACCUUCGCCACCCCCCAGGCUCACCUGGCGCUGCCCACCUGGCGCCCGGCCCGCGCCGGCUCCGUCUCCUUCGACUUCCGCACCACGGAGCCCAACGGGGGCUCGGUGUCGGUGAACAGCCGCAGCACGCCCUUCCUGGCCAGCGGUGACCGCGACGUGCUGGACGUGGGGGCCGAGCUGUACCUGGGGGGGCUCCCCGAGGGUCGCCCGGGCCCCCCCGCGCCCCCCGAGCUCUGGGCAGCGGGGCUGCGCCUCGGCUUCGUGGGCUGCGUGCGGGAUCUGUUCGUGGACGGGCGGAGCCGCGACGUGCGGGCGCUUUUGGGGGCCGGGGGGGCCCCGGGGGUCGCCCCGCUGUGUGCGAGGGACCCCCCCCGGCUGUGCGCCAGCGGCCCCUGUCGCAACGGGGGGACGUGUCGCGAGGGCUGGAACCGCUUCGUGUGCGACUGUCGCGGCACCGGGUACCUGGGGCCGCGCUGCGAGACAGAGGCGGCGGUGCUGAGCUAUGACGGCAGCAUGUACCUGAAGGUGCAGGUGCCGGGGGAGCAGACGGAGGCCGAGGACGUGUCCCUGCGCUUUAUGUCCCCCCGAGCCUUCGGCCUCGUCCUGGCCACCACCUCGCGCCACUCGGCCGACACCCUGCGCCUCGAGCUGGACGGGGGGCGCAUGAAGCUCACCCUCAACCUGGGCAAGGGUCCCGAGACGCUGUUCGCGGGGCAGCGGCUGGAUGACAACGAGUGGCACUCGGUGCGGGUGGCCCGGCGCGGGCGCAGCCUCCAGCUCGCCGUGGACAACGUCACCGUCGAAGGACAGCUGUCGGGCUCUCACACCCGCCUGGAGUUCCACAACAUCGAGACCGGCAUCGUCACCGAGCGGCGCUUCCUGGCCGUGGUCCCGUCCAACUUCCUGGGCCACCUGAGCGGGCUGGUGUUCAACGGGCUGCCCUACCUGGACCUGUGCCGCGACGGCGACAUCAGCUCCUGCGAGCUCAACGCCCGCUUCGGCCGCCGCGCCAUCGUGGCCGACCCGGUGGCCUUCGGGGGCCGCGGCUCCUACGUGGCGCUGGCCACGCUCCAGGCCUUCGCCUCCUUCCACCUCUUCUUCCAGUUCAAGACCACGGCGCCCGACGGCCUCAUCCUCUUCAACGGCGGCAGCGGCUCCGACUUCCUGGUGGUCGAGCUGGUCAAGGGGUACAUCCACUACGUGUUCGACCUGGGCGAGGGCCCCUCGCUCAUGAAGGGCAACUCGGAGCAGCCGCUGCACGACGGGCGCUGGCACGAGGUGGCCGUGGCCAGGGAGGGGGGGGCCCUGCACGGGCUGCGCGUGGACGGGAGACCCGUGACCCAGCACGGGCAGGGAGCCCGCGGGCUCCAGCUCAAGGGUGAGCUGUACGUCGGGGGGGUCAGCCCGGGGCUCCUGGGCCGCCUCCCGCGGCUCGUGGCCUCCCGGGGGGGCUUCCGGGGCUGUUUGGCCUCGCUGGACCUCAACGGGCGCCUGCCCGACCUGCUCGGGGACGCGCUGAGACCGGGCACCACAUACAUUUUCGGCAAGGGGGGGGCCCUGAUCACCUACACGUGGCCCCCCAAUGACCGGCCCAGCACCCGCGCUGACCGCCUGGCCCUGGGCUUCAGCACCCGGCAGCGCGACGCGGUGCUGCUGCGCGUGGAGAGCGCGGCCGGGCUCGGAGACUUCCUGCAGCUCCACAUUGUGCAGGGGGCCGUGGGGGUCCUGUUCAACGUGGGCACCGAGGACAUCGCGCUGGAGGAGCGGGGGGCGGCCGUCAGCGAUGGGCGCUUCCACGUCGUCCGCUUCACGCGCAGCGGCGGCAACGCCACGCUCCAGGUGGACGGCGGCCCCCUGCACGAGCGUUACCCGCCAGGCAGCGGGGACAGCGAGCGGCUGGCGCUGGCGCGGCAGCGCAUCCCCUUCCGCCUGGGGCGGGUGGUCGAUGAGUGGCUGCUCGACAAAGGUAACGGCAGCGAGCGCCCCCCACACCUGGGCACCCCCACACCUGGGCACCCCCCACACCUGGGCACCCCGCUGUGGCCGGGACCCAGAGAUUUGGGGUCCCAGGUGUCUGGAACCCACGGACUGCCCGGGGCCGGGGCUGCGCCAGGUGUGCGCAGGACAGGUGUGCACCACAUCUGGGGCGUGUGCCAGGUGUGCACCAGGUGUACGCCAGAUCUGCUGGUGGCCUCGGCCGAGUGUCCGAGCGAUGACGAGGACCUGGAGGAGUGUGAGCCGGGCACAGGUGGGUGCUGCUCCAGGGCCCCGGGCACGCGCGUGUGACACGGCCAUGCACACGCGUGUGACACGGCCGCACAGCCCGGGGCUCUUCCCCACCCCCCGGCGGGGGUGAGACCCCCACACAGGUGGAGGUGUGCACACACAGGUGUGGGGGUGUGCACACACAGGUGUGGGGGUGUGCACACACACAGGUGUGGGGAGUGGGGGUGUUGCACACGCGUGUGAGCAGGGAACGUGCCAGGCUGCUCACAGCAGAGGAACACGCGGCUACAGGAGCUGCUCACGCACCUGGACAGGUGUGUACACACACAGACACACACACACAGACAUACCUGGACAGGUGCACACACACCUAAACUGUUCACAUACACCUGGACAGGUGCGUGCACGCACACACACACACACCUGGACAGGUGCACACACACCUGAACUGUUCACACACGCCUGGCCAGGUGCACACACACACACACACACACCUGGAUAGGUGCACACACACCUGAACUGUUCACACACACCUGGACAGAUGCACACACACCUGAACUGUUCACACACACCUGGACAGGUGCACACACACCUGAACUGUUCACACACACCUGGGCAGGAGCUCCUCGCACACACACAGACACAGGUGUGCGCACACACCUGAACUCACACCUGCCCCACAAACACAGCCCCCCCCACCCAAGGCGCCUCCCCUUGCACACGCCCUCCCACCUGUGGCCCCGCCCCUCGCCUGUGGCCCCGCCCCCAUCUCCACAGGUGUUCCCGCCCAUUCCGAGCACACACCUGAGCCCAGGGGCCGUGCAAGCCCCGCCCCCACCCCGCUUCCCCUGACGGACGGACACUCGGACAUUCGGACACGCGGACACUUGGACGGACAGGGAGGAGCCCCUGGUCUGGGGUCACCCCAUGUGACACUGUCACACCUGCGCUGCCACCAGGACUUCGGCCACCCCCAGUGUCACACGGUGACACCCCCUGGACACCCCUGGUGCCACCUGGAGACUGGAAACCCCCCUGGACACCUGGGGCCUCACCUGGCACCCACAGCUGGCACCUGGACACUUGGGUGUGUCCCAGCCUGGCACCCACAGGUGUCCCCCUGGACAUCUACGUCCCCCCACAGGUGUCACCAGGACACUCUGGUCCCCCAAGACCCCACUUGUGGGAGAGGGAAGGCAGCGGUCAGGGGAAGGGAGGAAGAGUGGGGGACAGACAGACAGACAGUGGACGGACAGUGGAUGGACAGUGGACAGAUAGUGGAUGGACAGUGGACAGUGGAUGGACAGUGGAUGGACAGUGGACAGUGGACUCUGGAUGGAUGAUGGACAGUGAUCCAUGGAUGGAUGGACAGGGAUGGCGAUGGAUGCAAGGACAGUUUGAGGAUGAGUUUGAGGCUGGCCAGAUCCAGGGAUGGACAGAUGGACACACAGAUGGAUUCAGGGAUGGACGGACACGGACGGAUUUGGGAAUGGAUGGAUUUGAGGAUGGAUGGGUGGAUGGACAGAAGGACGCAAGGUGAAUGGGUGGAUCCAUGGAGAGCUGGACAGGUGGAUGGACAGAUGGACACAUGGAUGGGUGAACAGGUUCAAGGAUGGAUGGACACGAGGAUGGAUGGACAAGUGGAUUCAAGGACAGAUGCUGGAUCUGAGGGUGGACAGACAUGUGGCCAGGUGGCUGCAGGGGUGGAUUUAGGGAUGGAUGGAUAGAUGGAUGGAUGGA